GUUGCGAGAAAAGUUUUACGCGACCAGACUCAUUAACGAAGCAUAUGAAAAGUCAACACGGAGAUCUACCAAAGAAACGUGUCAUGGAAGAAGGUCCGAGAACUUAUAAAAAACGGAAGUUGUCAGUCUCACCGGAAGAGGAUGAUGAAGAUUCGCAUACUUCACAUAGUCGUCAACCACGUCAAAAUUAUAGUCAGCACCAUAACCAAUUAAGAAACAGACAGCAACCUUCAGAUAGAUCGAGACAACAGCAAUCUUCGCGGCAAUCACCAGAAAAUCCAUAUCAAAAUCGUGAUUAUACAUCUGAUGAAGAUACUUCAGUUCUAGAAGUUUCAGAUUCUCUCUCGAGCGAUG